GCUCCCUCCCUUCCUUCCACCACCUUUGCUCUCCCUCCUCCUCCAUCACCCAUCCCUUGCCUCUGUCCAACUCAUACCCCACCACCACCACCACCGGCCUUCACCCUCCCCUCCACCUUCGAACCGCUAUCAAACCAAACCCCCCCCGACCCCCGCCGCUCCUCGCUCGACGGACAACAUUCGCGAAUGCCGAACACGCGGGUCAGUCGCGAAAUCUUCGGCGAGACCGCCGAGGGUCUCGCCGUGGAGCGCUUCACGCUCCGCGCGGCCGACGGAGGAGUCGCGGCCAAGGUGCUGAGCCUCGGGGGGAUCCUCCAGGCCCUGGAGGCCCCGGGCAAGGCCGGACCCCCGGUGGACGUGGUGCUGGGGUUCCCUUCCAUACACGGAUACCUGGAGAAGCACCCCUACUUUGGCGCCGUGGUGGGUCGGGUCGCAAAUAGGAUUGCGGGUGGUCGGUUUGCAGUGGACGGGAAGGAUUACACCCUGGCCAUCAACAAUGGUCCCAACAGCCUUCACGGUGGCAUCGUCGGCUUUGACAAGGCCGUGUGGUUGGCAGAGCAGCUGGAGGACGGCGUGCGUCUCACACACACGAGCCCCGACGGGGACGAGGGAUACCCCGGCGCUCUGAGCGCCACCGUCACGUACCGCUUGGUGGACAACAAGCUGUCCAUCAACUACCGAGCCACGACCACGCGUACGACGCCCGUCAACCUCACCAACCAUGCCUACUUCAAUCUGGCUGGGCAGGGCUCGCCUGAUAUAUACGACCACGAGGUCACGAUCAUGGCUGAAGAAUAUUUACCUGUGGACGACACCGUCAUCCCCACUGGCGAGGUGGCGGCGGUGAAGGACACACCCUUUGACCUUCGCUCCCCCGUGAUUCUGCGGGAUCGGCUGCCACAGCUUCCCGGUGAUGGCUUUGACCACAACUUCUGCUUGAGCCAGAGCGGGGAGCGACAAACAUGCGCCAGGGCUUGCCAUGCAGGCAGGGGGUGCGUGAUGACGGUGGAGACCACGCAGCCCGGUGUGCAGUUUUACACGGCGAACUUCCUGGACGGCUCCCUCCAAGGGAAGGAUGGUUGUACCUACCCCCGCCACUCGGCCUUCUGCCUCGAGACACAGAACUGGCCCGACGCAGUCAAUAAGCCCAACUUUCCAAAUGCCCUGCUGAGACCAGGAGAGGAAUACAACCACACCACGUGGUUCACAUUCACAGUGUCACCAUAACAACCCAAGAAACAAGCACCUUAAUUAGUGCAAUCCUGUCACAUAACAAUGCACAGAAUAUCUCUUAUAAUAAAAACAUGUAAUUGCGUAUGAACUUAAGAAAAUUAAUUGUUAAGUGUAAUAUUUUGUAAAUGUAUUGCUCCGUAAAAUAAAUAUCAAAUGACAAUUG